CGCUACUACCAGCCUUCUUGUCUAUGUAGUACCCAUCAAAUGAGUGCUGACAUGCGCCACCCCGAGGAGUGGAGGUCUUGAGUAACUGCCCUCCUUUAUCGAAAAACUGGUUGCUGGAGUCCGGUGUCGCCAUAUUGUCAUCCCGAACCUCUGAGAGGUCCUGAGGAGAGAGCCUUUCUAUCCACCUGAAGAUGUCUGGCCCGGUCACCAGCCGAUCCCGGGUUUACCCCGAUGUGAACACACAGAGACCCCGGGAGUACUGGGACUACGAGUCACACGUUGUGGAGUGGGGGAAUCAAGAUGACUACCAGCUGGUGAGAAAGCUCGGCCGGGGCAAAUACAGCGAAGUGUUUGAAGCUAUCAACAUCACAAACAACGAGAAAGUAGUCGUCAAAAUACUCAAGCCAGUAAAAAAGAAGAAAAUCAAGCGAGAAAUCAAGAUUCUAGAAAACCUGCGAGGCGGCCCCAACAUCAUCUCACUUCUAGACAUCGUCAAGGAUCCAGUGUCUCGGACUCCAGCUCUGGUCUUUGAACACGUCAACAACACAGACUUCAAGCAAUUGUAUCAAACGCUAUCCGACUACGACAUACGGUUCUACAUGUAUGAGAUCUUGAAGGCUCUGGACUACUGUCACAGUAUGGGAAUCAUGCACAGAGACGUCAAGCCACACAACGUCAUGAUCGACCACGAACACAGAAAGCUUCGCCUUAUAGACUGGGGUUUGGCAGAGUUCUACCACCCUGCUCAGGAGUACAACGUACGAGUGGCUUCCCGAUACUUCAAGGGUCCAGAGCUGCUGGUCGACUACCAGAUGUACGACUACAGUUUAGACAUGUGGAGCUUGGGCUGCAUGCUGGCCAGUAUGAUCUUCAGGAAGGAGCCUUUCUUCCACGGACACGAUAAUUACGACCAACUUGUACGGAUCGCAAAAGUCCUGGGCACAGAAGACCUGUACGACUACAUCGACAAAUACAACAUCGAGCUAGACCCAAGGUUCAAUGACAUUCUGGGCAGGCAUUCCCGUAAGCGGUGGGAGAGGUUUGUCCACAGUGAGAACCAGCACCUGGUCAGCACUGAGGCACUGGACUUCCUGGACAAGCUGCUGCGUUACGACCACCACGCCCGCCUCACCGCCCGGGAGGCCAUGGAACACCCCUACUUCUACCCCAUUGUGAAAGACCAGGCGAGGAUGGGCUCUAUAUCAGGGCUGUCGACUGGUUCAACCCCAGUCAGCUCCUCCAGUAUGAUGACAGGCAUCACUUCCAUGUCCUCGUCGCAGCCCCUGGCUAACGUGGCAGGCUCUCCUGUGAUCUCUUCCCCCAGUGCUCUGGCCACGCAGGUGCCAGCUGCCGGGGCCCAGCCCUGAACGGUGCUCUCAGCCUGGGGCCCGGGAACAAUCAUUUUUAUGUUGAGUAUAACAAAGAGAAAAGAUAUUAGGUUCCCUUUUUUCUUUUUCCAUACAAUAAUUAUAUAUUGAGAUCCGGGCGCACAACGAGAGACAGAAAAAAGAAGAUAAAACAAACAUUACUUGCGUCUGUGUCCGGAUAAAAACAGUAGCUGCGUUCUUUCAUAAUGAGUGUCUAGAAAUGCAACUACAAUGAAGCAAAAUGGAUAAUAAAAUGUAUUUUAUAUGUCCCUAAAGUACUUUUGUUUGAGGUGGUUUUCUAUGGACCAGAGGUUGUUUUAAUCAACCGUUAGUGGCUGCAUGUAACACUUUGUUUGUUAAAUCCAUUUCUUCUGUUGGUCAUAUAGUUUCAACAAUGAAUUUCUCUAUAGAACAGCACCCCCUGGUAGUUAUUUUCAAUGUUAUCCAUAAUGUUUUUAUCAUGAGGCAUUUUCACAAUGAUAAUGCGUGUUAUUUAGUUGUGGCUAUUCAAGGCUCAUUGAACAACCAUUUUGUACAAGAGUUAAGGUGACAUAUCUGACAUUGUGUUUAUAAAAUGUAUUCAAUAA